UUCCUCCAUCGAGUACUUCGUUUGUAAACAAUCGACGCAUGGGAUCAUCAAACAAACCGGCACGGCACUAGGAUUCAGAAUCUUUCUGAACUAUUCGCAACUACAGCAUGAGUUUUUCUCAACCAAAAACAACAAUUGACGAGGGAGAUACCGUUAUACUUUAUCUAACAGUGACUAACGUGUACGCUAUUGAAGCAGUUCCACAGAUAAAAAACAAAAAAGGUGAAUUGAUAGACAAUGUGUUCCAGACAAACUUCGGUGCUUUGAAAGUAAAGGACAUUAUCGGCGUACAGUAUGGGUCCAAGGUUGAUCUCACCAAGGGAUGGGCAUACGUAUUGCAGCCAAACCCCGAACUAUGGACCCAAACGUUGCCACAUCGAACACAAAUUCUGUACACUCCCGAUAUCAGCAUGAUACUGUACCAGCUGGAAAUAAGACCAGGCAGCAUUGUGAUAGAGUCGGGAACCGGCUCUGGUUCGCUGUCGCACUAUUUUUUACGUGCAAUCCGGCCGCACGGUUUCUUGCAUACUUUCGACUUCCACGAGGAGCGUGUUCAAAAGGCUCAGGAAGAGUUUGAGUCGCACGGUUUAGGUGAAUUUGUGAAGGUCACACAUCGAGACGUGUGUGAAAACGGGUUUGGCGCUGACCUUGAUGGAAAAGCAGACGCAGUAUUUCUGGACUUACCGGUCCCUCAGCUGGCGAUACCGCAUGCCGUGAAGGCGAUGAAGGAACAAGGCGGUCGACUUUGCUCCUUCUCACCGUGCAUCGAGCAAUCUGGACGUGUUUGUGAAGCCCUCGAGCAACAAGGAUUUGUCGAUAUUGUCAACUUGGAAGUACUGCAGCUAGAGGAAGUCGUCAGAGUUAAAAACGUUCCUGUCAUGAAUUUGGAGUUUGUUAAACAUAAGAAAACAGAGUCGGACAAAGAAACAAAAACACCGAAGGAGACGAAAAAGUAUGUCACUUCAAGCGCUCCGAGCAGUGUCGCGGGACAUACCGGGUUUUUGACAGUGGCGGAAUUACCGCCACUUUUUGCUCGGUAACCCUAAAACAAAACCUUUUGAAUGGACAAAUAACAAGAAUUUAUUUUCAAAACA